CGCGCCGAGGCUGCGCCGCCAGCUGCCCGCGCCGCGCCCCCCGCGCCGCCGCCAGCACCGCCGCGACAUGGCCUGCGCCGCCCCGCGGCGGCCCGCGACCCUGGAGCGCGGCGCGGCCGGCCGCUAGGAGGGCCCCAAGGCGGCAGGCCCGCCGGGCCCCGAGGCAGGCACCCGCCGCGGCCCGGCUCCCCGCGCCCCGCCUGCGCCCCGCCGCCGCCCGGCCCGAGCAUGGAGACGGCGGAGAAGGAGUGCGGCGCCCUGGGCGGGCUCUUCCAGGCCAUCGUCAACGACAUGAAGAGCUCCUACCCCAUCUGGGAGGACUUCAACUCCAAAGCCACGAAGCUCCAUUCCCAGCUGAGGACCACUGUGCUGGCUGCUGUGGCCUUCCUGGAUGCCUUCCAGAAAGUGGCCGAUAUGGCCACCAACACCCGAGGGGCCACACGGGACAUCGGCUCGGCGCUCACGCGCAUGUGCAUGCGCCACCGCAGCAUCGAGACCAAACUGCGGCAGUUCACCAACGCCCUGCUGGAGAGCCUCAUCAACCCGCUGCAGGAGCGCAUCGAGGACUGGAAGAAGUCAGUCAACCAAUUGGACAAGGACCACGCGAAAGAGUACAAACGAGCCCGGCACGAGAUCAAGAAGAAGUCUUCAGACACACUGAAGCUGCAGAAGAAGGCGCGCAAAGAGCUACUUGGGAAAGGAGACCUACAGCCCCAGCUGGACAGUGCCCUGCAGGACGUCAAUGACAUGUACCUGCUGCUGGAGGAGACAGAGAAGCAGGCGGUGCGCCGAGCCCUGAUUGAGGAGCGUGGCCGCUUCUGCACCUUCAUCACCUUCCUGCAGCCUGUGGUGAACGGCGAGCUGACCAUGCUGGGAGAGAUCACCCACCUGCAGGGCAUCAUCGACGACCUGGUGGUGCUGACCGCGGAGCCCCACAAGCUACCCCCCGCAAGUGAGCAGGUGAUCAAAGACCUGAAGGGCUCAGACUACAGCUGGUCCUACCAAACCCCACCCUCGUCGCCCAGCAGCUCCAGCUCCCGGAAGUCAAGCAUGUGCAGCGCCCCCAGCAGCAGUAGCAGUGCAAAGGGUGGUGGAGCCCCCUGGCCGGGGGGUGCCCAAACAUACUCACCCAGCUCCACCUGUCGCUACCGCAGCCUGGCACAGCCAGCCACCGCCACGGCCCGCCUCUCCAGCAUCUCCUCCCAUGACUCUGGCUUCGUCUCCCAGGAUGCCACCUGCUCCAAGCCUCCCUCACCCAUGCCUUCCGACAUCACCAGCCAGAAGUCCUCCAGCUCUGCGUCCUCCGAGGCCUCGGAGACCUGCCAGUCCGUUAGCGAGUGCAGCUCUCCCACCUCGGACUGGGCCAAGGCCGGCCCCCACGAGCAGCCCUCCACCCUACAGCGGAGGAAGGACCGAGUGGAGCUCCUCCGAGACACAGAGCCAGGCCCUGCCAGUGGGGGCGCCCUGGGCCCCAGUGGGGAGGAAGCUCCGAGACCCCGCAUGUCCCCUGCCACAAUCGCAGCCAAGCACGGGGAGGAGGCGUCACCAGCCGCCAGUGAGCUGGCCAUGGUGCUGACGCGCGGGCUGAGCCUGGGGCGCCAGAAGAGCAGCCGGGACUCUCUGCAGUGCUCCAGCGGCUACAGCACGCAGACCACCACGCCCUCCUGCUCGGAGGACACCAUCCCCUCUCAAGGCUCCGACUACGACUGCUACUCCGUGAACGGGGAUGCUGACGGUGAGGGCCCACCCGAGUUCGACAAGUCAUCCACCAUCCCUCGCAACAGCAACAUUGCCCAGAACUACCGCCGCCUGAUCCAGACCAAGCGCCCGGCUUCCACCGCCGGGCUGCCCACCACCGGGCUGCCCACCGCCUCGGGCGCACCCCCUGGCGUGGCCACCAUCCGUAGAACGCCCUCCACAAAGCCCACUGUGCGCCGCGCCCUCUCCAGUGCUGGCCCCAUCCCCAUCCGGCCACCCAUCGUCCCCGUGAAGACGCCCACAGUGCCCGACUCCCCCAGCUACGUGGGGCCCACUCGGGCAGGCAGCGAGGAGUGUGUCUUCUACAGCGACGAGGCCGCCUCGCCCCUGGCGCCGGACCUGGUGAAGGCCUCCCCGAAGAGGUUGAGCCUGCCCAACACCGCCUGGGCCAGCCCGGCCCCUGAGCCUGCUGGCUACCCCGGGCCAGGGGCCGAGGACGAGGAGCAGCAGCAGCUGGCAGCCAAUCGGCACAGCCUGGUGGAAAAGCUCGGGGAGCUGGUGGCGGGUGCCCACGCCCUGGGCGAGGGCCAGUUCCCCUUCCCCACCGCCCUGUCCUCCACUCCCGCGGAGGAGACGCCCACCCCGCCCCCAGCAGCCACCAGCGAUCCUCCAGCUGAAGACAUGCUUGUGGCCAUUCGGCGUGGGGUGCGGCUCCGCAGGACCAUCACCAACGACAGGUCAGCGCCCCGCAUCUUGUGAUGGCUCCACCUCCGGCCACGUGCGAAGCAGGUGCAGGGCAGGCGGCCUGGCUGUGGAGCCGCAGCUGCUCCGAGCAAGGCACAGCCAGGAGAGCAGAGCCAGGCAAGCUUUUUUUUUAAGUCACAUUUGGCAAAGCCACUUUAUGGAAAGAGACACCCAGCUUGGACUUGGACAUUUAAACAAGAAGUGACUUAUUUAACAGACCUCGCCUCGAUGGAGCCUGCAGGCUUUGGACUGGAUUUGGAGCCUGUUUUAUACUCUUUGCCUCCUCUGCCCCUCCUCCUCCUCCCUGCGGGCCCUGCCUUUCCCACACCCCAGUGAGCCCUGAGCCGCUCCCGCCCGGGGCAGAGGGGCUGGGCCCGCCUCUCCGCCUGGCCGCCUGGCCUGGGCCGACAGUGCCACAGCUGAGCUCCCUGGCCCGGCUGCUCCCAGGGUCAGCGGUGCCCUGGGCCUUUCCAGACUGAGCCCUUCUCCCUCCGUCCCCCUGCCCUGCGUCUCCCUUCUCCUGUCUACCAGGGAGUCAGGGUGGCUGACGGGGAGCCCGGUGCCCGGUCAGCUACUGCAGCGGAUUUGACUGGAAAGGUGCCGAGUGGCAGGUGGUCGUAGGGGCUGGUAAGUUCAGAGGCCAGCCCCCCGUGGGGAAAGGGGGCCUAGGGCCCAAGUCAGGUCUUGGGAGAAAACCCAGGGAGCCUGCCUAGAGGAGGCUGGGGACCCUGAGUAGCUUCCAUGUCCUGGUUUCUCCUCCCCUGGGGGCAGGUGGGGGCAGCAGGGAAGGAGGCAGGCCUGGGGGCCAUGGGGCCAGCCCCCAGGAGCUACUUUCAGAUGUCUGGUCCUCGUUUGGACACGUCCAGUCUAAUCUGGGUGGCACUUUGCUCACAGCUCCGGCCGCCUUUGGGUGUGAGGACUGGGGCAACCGAGGGUGUGG